AUGCAAGUCGAAGUCGACCCCAACGAAGACACAGAAUGGAACGACAUUCUCCGCAAGCAUGGCAUCAUCCCGGAAAAGCCGCAAGACCCAGAGCCGUUGAUCCAAGAAGCCCUCGUCGAAGCCGAGCGCAAGGCCUACGAGAACCGUUUGGAGGAUAAAGACUUGGAUGAACUAGACGAAUUAGAGGACGUUGAGGAUGAGGCCUUUCUAAACCAGUAUCGUCAAAAACGCCUCGCGGAAUUAAGUAAUAUAACGCAGUCCUCCGUCCACAAUCAGGUCUACGGUUUGCAGAAGCCAGACUUCACACGCGAAGUCACCGAGGCGUCAAAGUCGUGCUUCGUGUGUGUGAACCUCACCUCUUCGUCUAGCAACAACGUUGAGUCGCGGCGGCUCUCUGAGAUAUGGAGACAGCUCGCGGCCAAAUAUGGGGAUAUCAAGUUUUGUGAAAUGCGUGGAAAUAUGUGCAUUGAAGGGUAUCCGGACCGGAAUACACCGACGAUUUUGGUGUAUAAGGAUGGAGAGAUUGUGAAGCAAUAUGUGACGCUUAUGGCGCUUAAGGGGGCGGCGACCAGAGUUGAGGACCUGGAGAAUAUGUUGAUUGAAGUUGGUGCGCUCAAGGAGAGUGACAUCCGGCUGAAGAAGAAGGCUGACGAUGACUCGGAGGAUGAGCGGCCGUCGAACUUCAAAACGAAGUCUAGUAUUAGGAAGGGCGUUACUGUGGAGGAUGAUGAUGAUGACUGGGAUUGAUCGACGUGUCUAAGGCAGAAGUCUCACGGUGGGUGAGGGGCUUAUCCUGACGUCCCGAGCAUACCCUGACCUCCAAAUUCAACAAGGCUACUUGGUCUAGCCUAGUCUGUACAUACAGACGGAAUCGGGUACAGCUGCGAAGAGUUCGUUACGACCGCUCAGCGGGUCUGAGUUGUGGGUGUCGAAGCCACGGUCAAGCCAAAUCACUUAUGUUGGAUAUGGUGCGUGGUUGAAGGCGGCCCAUGGACCUCUUUACGCAUGGCGCGCAAUGUACAAGCAAUCUUAACAUCAGUAGUCAAUUCAAGAUCCAAGAAACUUA